GAUUAAAGCAUGAAUGGGAGCAGCUUCCCAGCCACGAUGGAGAGAGAAGGCGGUUCAGGCUAUGGGAAUAAGGUUUCCUUCCAAAUGAGUCCCUGAGGUUCCUGCUGGCAGCUCUGGCAGUGUGCUGUAGAAGUGCCCUCCUGGUCUCAGUAGCCAAGGCCCCUCCAAACCUGCUUCUGCAAUGGGUGGGUUGUAAGCACUGGUAAUGAGGAGCUGUGGGUCCAGUCAGUCUUGGAGAUGCCGAAGAGACGAGACAUCCUGGCUAUCGUGCUGAUAGUUCUGCCCUGGACACUACUAAUCACCGUCUGGCACCAGAGCACCAUUGCUCCACUGCUUGCAGUGCACAAGGAUGAUGGUGGUGACUCCCGGCGUGAUCUCACUGCAGGCUUGGACUCCAAGGAAUACUGCUUGUCGGACCGGGACAUUGUGGAGGUGGUGAGGACAGAAUAUGUUUAUACCCGCCCACCCCCGUGGUCAGACACCCUUCCCACCAUCCACGUCAUUACACCCACCUACAGCCGGCCUGUACAGAAGGCAGAGCUGACGCGCCUGGCCAACACCCUCCUGCACGUGCCAAACCUGCACUGGAUCCUGGUGGAGGACUCACAGCGGCGCACACCUCUCAUCACCCGGCUGCUGCGGGACACGGGGCUUAACUACACCCACCUCAAUGUGGAGACACCCCGUAACUACAAGCUGCGGGGAGACAUGAGGGAUCCCCGCAUCCCCCGGGGCACAAUGCAGAGGAACCUUGCCCUGAGAUGGCUGAGAGAGACCUUUAACAAAAAUAACAGCCAGCCUGGGAUUGUUUACUUUGCCGAUGAUGAUAACACCUACAGCCUGGAGCUCUUUGAGGAGAUGCGCAGCACCAGAAAGGUGUCAGUGUGGCCGGUAGCCUUUGUCGGUGGCUUGCGCUAUGAGUCACCCAAAGUGAACGCUGCAGGGAAGGUCUAUGGCUGGAAAACUGUGUUCGACCCCCAUCGCCCCUUUGCUAUAGACAUGGCGGGGUUUGCUGUGAACCUCAGACUGAUUCUCCAGCGAUCUCAGGCUUACUUCAAACUGCGAGGAGUGAAGGGAGGCUACCAAGAGAGCAGCCUGCUCCGGGAACUAGUGACCUUGAAUGACCUUGAGCCAAAAGCUGCCAAUUGCACUAAGAUUUUAGUCUGGCAUACGAGGACAGAAAAGCCUGUGCUGGUGAAUGAGGGGAAGAAAGGAUUCACAGAUCCCAACGUGGAAAUCUGACUGUGCAUGGCUGAACGGAGACCAACAUCAGAAAUUUCUUCAUGCACAGCCUGCAAGGUUCCUCUCCGCAGCAUACAACCAGCCAGACAUGCAGUAGCCAGGACUUCUGCUGACUUCCAAGAGUUUUAGUGUACUGAAAACAAGCAACUGCAUACAUAAACUACCCGGAUUCCCCUGCCCUUCCUCCUGGACUCUGAGCAGAACCAGAUGCUCUGGAGGUGGAGAAAAAGCACAGAAAAUACAGGACUGACAUCAACUUCAGUACAAGACCAGCUGUCUCGCGAGAUGCUCGGUUUGGGAGAAGUGCAUGCAGGGCACGAUGCACUGAAGACACGGCUCAGCUGGAAUGGUAGUCUAGACUGAGGGGGCUGUUCUAGAGGACCUGAAAGCAAGGGUGAGAAUGCCCACAGGAGAGUUGGCCCCUGAUGACUUGUUUUUCCUGAGACACACGUACCUUGUGGCUAUGUGUGCAACAGCCUAAGCAGCUCUCUGUUCAUGGAGGGGACAGCUGCCUUCUGAGAUGGCACCUUAACCCUUAAUUUUAAACCUACUUUAAUCAGUGUUUAUUACGCUGCACAAGACAGGAAGAUUUUGGGGGAGGGUGAAAAGCAAGGCAGGUUAGAACAAAAUCAUUAAGUAUCUCUUCUCUUGGUAUUCCCUCUCCUUUCCCUUCAUUAGUUUCAUGGUUUGGAGGGCAACCUGACAUACCUCUAUGUUCCUGGAGUUAUGUUUACAGCAUGUGGUUCUCUAUCAUCCAUGCUACAAUAACUGGAAGUGGGUUUUAAUGAGAUUGUUGUGGCCAUACACCAUAAUACUUCAUCCAGACUCAGAUCUUGGUUCUGUUCAGCUCUAAUUUGGUUCACAUGAGUGUUAGGUGUUGGAUUCUCUGAAGGGUGCUUCUACAUAAAGCCAAAUUUC